GUCUCUUCUUUUUUUAGACCUAACCUAAAAAUGAAUCAAUUAUGAAAUGGUUUGAUUUUUUAAUUUUUCAUGAUAUUGUGUACAGAUAUAUGACACACACCUGGCAACCCGCAGGGUUAGGGGCAAGUUAAGAAAAGCGCUAGGGCUCUUCCAUUAGUUUAGUCUGGAUGCUAUUUGCUAAUGCUAGCGAUAAAGCUAAGCUAGUUAGUCACAUAAAUGACAGGCGCGUCAUUUCUAAAAAAUCGGUACAACUUUUAAAAAGCGCUUAUUUAUUCAGUAGUAUUAUAGUUUCCCGUUAUUAACAGUAUUUUAUUUCACAGGCAACUUUUUUUUUUAAAACGCAGUGUUGCAAGCUGAAGCAGCUAGCUUGCUUAGCCGAAACAGUGGAUUAAAUAGACUUGGGGGAUUUCAGGCACUGAGUUUAUUCAGUUAGCUUGUUAGCUACCGGCUGAUUGUGUGCUGCAGAAGAAACAAUGGUUGAUAUAAUGAUAUAUUUAGGGAUUUCCAGCGGAAAGGCUGCUUCUUUAGCCGCUUGUAGACAUAAUGAGCGGCUGAGAGAAUAAAACGGAGAAGCUUGAUGGCCGGAGACAGCGGUGAAGCCCGUCUCAGAGGAACAGUUAUGGCUUCGCUUGCUGCCAGAUGAUGUCUUGAAUCCACUCUGAUGAUCCAGAUCUUCGUCAUCUUCGGAGUCUGAACAGAAGAUGAAGGUGCAUGUUCAUGACGUGGGUGAUAAAAGUGAUACAGCUCCUCCAUCACACACGCUGAAUUAUACCAUCCAGGGUCAAAAAGACAUACCUGGGCUUGAGGAAAGAAAGAAACACCUGGUUUUUGAGGACCAUCUUUGUAGGAGCACGCUGUUUGACCAGGCUGGGUCAAAAUAUCUUGGAAAUGAAUGUUUACAAAUUUCGGAAAAACUGUGCGACGGACCAGUGGCGGAGUCACAGAGUGUGAUAUCACACUGUGAUUCGGACAUGCUGGAACUCUCAGAGGACAGUUGUUCUAUACCUGAAAACGGCGAUAAUGAUCAUAACGACACUUUCACACCAGAAGUACAGCAGGCCCAUAGAAUAUUCCAGAGUUUUCUUCUGGAGAAACACAAAGCUGUGACUGCCCCGUUUUGGGUCCCUGUUGGAGAUCAAGCCGGAAACGAUAUGUGUUUGAAAAAGAUAGACAACAAGUUCAGCAAGCGGGAAUACGAAAGCAUCACCGGAUUUGUGGCAGAUUUCCGCCAGAUGUUGGAAAACUGCUAUAGAUUUCAUGGUGUUGAUCACUGGAUCUCCAAACAAGCACAAAAACUGGAGAUCAUCCUGGAGCAAAAGUUAACUCUGCUCUCAAGGACACUGAGAGAAAAAACAGCCUUGGCCGUGACGUCUAGGGGUCGUUUUGGCACUGAGGAUGAAAAACCCCCGGUUGGCACUUCAACCCGGCGCAGAUCUGUGCCACGAAACUUGGCGGCCAUUUCCGUCUGUGGCUCCGAGUCCAUCAUGGUGCAAGCACUUCGUUUAGAGGAGCAACAGAGGGCCAAGGAGGAAAAACGGCAGCGAGACCUGGAGAAGAAGGAGGCUGGAGAGGCUUCAGCCAAAGAAGUGGAAGAAUGGGAGCGCUCAUUGCUCUCACUAGCUGAACCAUGGCCUAUCAGCACCAUGUGGGAGCUUCCUGCUAUCGGUCACUUCUUGUGCCUGGCCCAAACAGCUCUGAACCUCCCAGAGAUCGUAUUCUUCGAACUGGAACGCUGCCUGCUAAUGCCUCGAUGUAGCUCUUUCUUAGCAAAGAUUAUGACCUCUCUGCUUUGCCCCCCACACCGAAGAAUAACACUUCACAGGCGCCCAGCGCUGCCUUACCGUCGCUGGGAGGCGGAGUUGAGGCAGAAAGUCUUGGGAUGGUACCAGUCUAUAGGUCGAGCCAAGGACCAGGAGGCUUGUGCUGAACAUCUAGGACUUUGUCAUCGUUUUUUCUGGACCCUGGGCGAAACAAGUCCCUUGGAAGAGAAACCAUUCCAUUUGUUGCCAUUCAACCAACGUGUUUGGUUGCUUAAGGGCCUUUGCGACAACGUCUAUGAGACUCAGAAGGACGUGCAGGAUGCCGUGCUCGGACAGCCUAUUCACGAGUGCCGAGAGUCCAUCUUGGGCUAUGACAGUCAAGAGAACACGUACAUACACUUCCCACAUUUCUGCGGUGCAGAUCUGCGUAUAUACUGCCAGAGUCCAUGUCUACCACUGGAAUUCCCCUUACCAUCUUUCUCUGUGAAGAAACUAGAGCCUGUAAUGGCGGAAAGGACAGAGGAGAACUUGAGCACUUGUCCCGAGGUCAAAGCGGGGAACUGGGAAUUCGGUCCGAGAGUCCGUGACGAUAGCUCGGAAGAAAGCGAGGUAGAUUGGAAAGGGCGUGACAAAUUUCAGUUCCCUUGUAAGGAGGAGAUUCCAAGUCCUGAAAGCAUCAAGGACAACCCCAUGGAGAUAAAGCAAAGCCUUGAAUUAAAAGAAGAAGACAAGGAGGAUACAGACUAUGAAUCUUCCCUUAGAGUUGGGACGAAUUGCUAUAUGGGCAAAUUUCCUGCCAAUUCUCAGAGUGCAAAUGCUUUCAAAGCAUCAGAAAUAGGUGCCACAGUAAACAAUGAGUCUUCUUACCUAAAUAGACAUCCUUACCCCAAAUGUUCUAGGGAUUCUCGUGAAGAUCCAGAGCCUCACUCAUGCCUUUGUUUCACAGCUGAAUCUGACAGGACUGCUUCUGUGAUUUUUCGACAGCCAAGCCACUCAAGAGGUGAAACAGGGAAAAUACAGUCUAAGAAAAAGAGACGGAAGAAAAAGAAGGAAAAAUUGCUUGGAGCCAAGGCUGGGACAGACGCGCUCGGUCUGAAAAAGCUCAGACAGGCUAGAGUGGCCAAGAGCACCAUGUGCAAAGCUGCUGCUGACUUGAAGAGGAAGGAUAAAAGAAAGAAACAGAAGUUAGGAAGAAAGUUUGUUCCCAAGAAAACUCAAGAAACAAAUCAGGAUCAUCCUCCGCAGCUCCCAGUGGAGCCAACAUUUAAGUUGGUCUGCACGAGUUUGGAUGAACUGAGGGAUCUCAUCAGUAAAACAGAGGAUGAGCUAGAUGAGUUGGAGAGCACCAAAAAGAGAUGUGAAAGGUGGUACAUUAAGAGAGAAGCAGUGAAGGAGCUUCACAUUACUCUUAUAAGACUGCUGAAUGAGCUGUUGCCAUGGGAACCCAAAUUACUCAAGGCAUUUCAUAGAAACAGGGCCCGACUGAAAAAGGAAAGUGACGACUUUAAAAAGCAUCCUGAGUAUGAAAACUUUGUCCGAGAGGAAUGGAUGGCACUUGAAGUAGAUGGAGACACAUACAAAGAAGGCUUGUCAUCCACAGAGAUUAGCAGAGAACUGAAGGAUGAGGACAAAACCGAAAGGCUUUUGGGAGGCUCUGGAACAACAGACUGUGAAAAUCACUUUGGAAAUCACUCGUUAGCACACUUAAUCAGCAGACCAGAAGUUAGCACAUCUUUGAGUGAAUCUGGACCUUUGACUCGAAGCUCGAAGCGGCGUCAGAGUUGUGGCCUAGAUGAAGACUUCAGUCUUAGCAAAAAAGGAAAAGUGGCCGCUGAUGAAUCUGUGACCCCUGAACCACAAACAAAGGUUAUAUCCAGGGACCAAAGUAUAGCAGGGGUAAAUCCUUUAACCACUGAAACAAUGUCAGUAGUAACUGCACCUCUGGGUUUUCAGAGGCGCUGUAAUCCAAUUCAGGCAUUGCUGGCCAAAAGCGUUGGAAAUAAAGUAACCCUAACAAGUCAUCCCCAGCUACCUGUGGUGGAUAAAACUUUGCAGGGUCCAAAUAAGACAGUUUCUGCAGCUUUAACCACAUCCAAUCCCACAGCAGUUUGUCAGCCUAUACCACAACCAACACCUGUGUCCAUGCAAACAUCCACGCCAUCAUCUGUCCAGAGGCCCAUGCAGGUUGUAUACAAGGCUCCAGAAGGCUUGAGUUUGGUUAGUAAUAAUGGCACACCAGUUAAGUUUUCAGUGCAGCCAGUCAUUCAUCAGAAAACAGUGGAGAAAGCAAUGCAGCAGGUUAUCAUCCUUCCCACCAAUUUACUCAUACAAAAGACUGAGGGACAAGGAGCACAGCAACCCUCUAGUAUUACUGCUGUUGCCACAACCAAGCCUGCUACACUUUUAUCCAGUACUUCAGGGUUCACUGUGCCAGAAAACAAGAUUCCUGUCCAGCAAGUGUCUCCAUUAAAAAAUAUUAGCACUGUAAUGACCUCAUCUGCUGUUUCACCUAGCUUGCAAAAAUCUUGUGGAGUUUCACCUGCCUGUAAAAAGACUGCUGAACCAAGUUCAACCCUAAAGCGAUCCACUACAUUUACUUCAGCUACUACUGAUCCCAGCAAAUGUGAUCUUAAUCAAGAGUUAAAGACAGUGUGCAUCAGAGACUCACAGUCCAUUCUUGUCACAACCAGAGGAGGAAACACAGGAGUGGUGAAGGUACAGCCUUCAGAAAACAGUGGUGGAAGUGUUUUACCAUCCAGCCCUAUUUUCACUCUCCCCCCUAACUUUCAAGCUUUCCUGGUGUCCAAGGCAGCUGCUAUUGCAACUUCCACUGCUCAAACAAUGUCAACUGCCAAGUUAUUACCUGUUGUUUCCUCUCUGAAUGACAAGGGAAUUUCUUUUAACUCGGCACUCCAGUCACCUUUAAAAUGUUCCAAUCCAGUAAACCCAUCACCUCUGAUGGAAAAAUUAAGUGGUUCAGUAUCAUUUAAGGAUGACUUGCCUUUGCCUGUAGGGUCUGUUUCUGACAAUACAGCGAAAGGUGCCCAGAUAUUAAUUGGUAUUAAUUCACUAGUUCCAGCCAACUCCCAAACCAAUGCUAAUGUCCCUUUAUCUGGGUGGGCUGUCCAGACUGCUCCUUCUGAAAAUCUAAUUCAACUUGCUCAAAAGAGACCUCAAGAUACUAGCACCGAUCCAGCUCAACCUACCUUCCCAAAAGUUUUUGUAGUUGCAUCCACCUCAACACCAGUUUCAACCAUCACCACUACCUCUGUUUCUUCUGCUUUUCCAGGAUCAAGGGUCAAAUUUAUGAGUCCGUCUGGCUCUGCUUGCUCUACAGUUACUGUUGCUAAAGGGUUUAAAGCAGAGUCUAAUAUUACUGUUACAACUCCAUCAUCAGCUGAAGUCAUGAAAGUUCGACCCAACCUUGGACAAGUCAUUGGCAUUACAUCUGCUGGUACUCCGACUGAAGUUGAGGGCAUCAAUGUUACUGGUUUAGCAGCUAGAAUACUGGACAGGACUACAGUGAAAAGCAAAAAAACAGCAGAACCCACCACAAACGUUGCACCAAUAAUGGUGUCCAGUGUACUUGCAACGUCAAGUGGGCAAAUCUUUGUCCAGAACAGCAACUCUGCUGCAAAUAGCUGUCCGGCACUGAACAUCAACAGUCCUGUCAAGGUUACUGGAUCUGUUGAUGGCAAAAGUGUUAAAAUUUCCACUUAUGACAUUGGGCAUAUGGCUUCCUCUGAACUUCUUUCAGCAGUACAACAAAAGAGCAUGUCACAGUCAGUGUCAACCGCUAUCUCAGUACCAAACAUCCUAAAUAAUAGAUCAGAGCUAGUCAUUAGCAGCUCAGUUCCACAUAUAGGUUGUUCUGUAUUAGGACACCAAUUUAACAAAGUCAGUACUUUGCCAAGGGGAGUGAUGCCGGACAAACCAUUGGAUAGCACAUCCCUUAGUACGGCUUCCACAACAAUCAAACUUCCUGUCAUUAGCUCUAUGACAAGGCUCUCUCAGCCUCUAGCUCUGAGCACCACAACAGCAAAACAAGUAUCAGAGAACCCCCUUACUGUAACGGUAACUCAAUCAGCAAUGGCUUCUCCGGUGAGAUCGCCUAUAAAUGCCAUCCCUGGUACCACAACAGUACAGGAAAAGGUUGUGAUUAAUACUACUGCUCCACUUGCUCCUGGAACCCAACUGUUAAUUAACAACACAAGGUUUGUGGUACCUUCUCAAGGACUUUCACCUGGCAGUCAUGUUCUUUUCAUCUCAACUCCUACUGUGCAUCCUACCGGACGACUAGGGGCAAAUCUUAUAUAUCCCGCCCCAGCGCUAGCAGGCACUCUGAAUCCUCCUCCUGCUGCUCCAGUUGUUCAAGGUCUGAGAAUGGUAACACCUGGUAUAAGGUCACAGGAUGCAUCUGUCAGGCAACCAACACCCAUCACAGCAAAGAUUGAACAGCCUGUCUCUAUUAAUAAUCUUUUCACUGCAGUCAGGGCCCCAGCAGUUUCCAUUCAUUCUUCUACUCUUGCACAAGUGUCUCAAUUAAGUACCACCCAAUCAUCUGGGCAACAAACCCUGAACCAUAUUGUAAGACUUCCUUCUUUUUUACUCCCUGAAGUGAAGGACUCUGCUGCUUCUUCGCGUACUGUUGCAAGGUGCCCAAAAGAAAACGUUACAGCUUCUGCUCAGUCACAGCCAUGCUUAAAGACAGAACCUGCACCGAAAGUCAUAACAGCAGUAAAACCUGGGAUUUCCUGGCCAUCCCCGGUGGUCACCGUGUCACCCAUGAGCAGUACAAUAUCAAGGAUGCAGACACUUCCUGUAGCAACUGUACCACCAAUUGGCAGUACAAUCAGUAGUAGUCCAACCACUUGUGUUGCAACAGUAUCUCCAUCUAUUAACACACUUUUAAUGGCAACCUGCCAACCAGUCAGCCAGCCUGUGCCACCUGGAAAUAUUAGACUGACCGUCACCACCCGUCCACCACAGGUUAAAAGCAAGAUGCCAACACAAGUCUUAGGUGGGCAAUCCAUCAAUCCUCCCAAUAAACUCUUGUUAAGUCCAGAUGGUGCUGUUCUGAAUGUACUUAGAUGCCCAUCCCAACAAAAUCUACCAGUGAUGACGGAUAAAACGAUAGUGGGCAUAACCACCGCUGAUGCACCUGUUUUGCACAAAUUGGAUUCAGAGAGAACGGUAACAUCAGAUAAUCCAGAAUGAUCUAAUUACUCGAAAUGAGAACCCUGGAAAUCCCUUCCCACAAGUCUUUCUCAGAUCAAACUGUGUAAAGAUAUCGAAUAAGCACUAUUUUGUACGUUGGACUCUUAUAACACCUAUGGUGGAAAUACUGUCAUGAGUUUUUGAAUUGGAAAGGCCAGUAUUGUAUAUAGUAAAAUAUUUGUGUUUUCCUGUUCCGUUUCAAAGGUUACUCUUCAGACGGUAAUUUUAGAAGGAUCUGAAUAUUUUGUAGCAUUUUUUUAAAAGUUGACAUUCAUUAAACGUUUCAAGUUUUGUUAUUUCAAAUGCUAUACAAGCUGUGUUAGCGUACCAUCUACCAUAUCUGUUCUGUGCACUUACACUUCAUCUCCACGUUGUUAAUAGAUUUUAGUAUGAGCCAACUCGAUAUUUUCUCUUGCACAUGCAGAGAAAGGCACAUUGCAGAUUAAAGUGUUACAGUACGAUUAAAGGUAGGAUGAUAGAUUUAUUUAACAAAUUGCCUGCCAUGGAUUUUUCAG